CCCGAAAAGAGGGAAGGGGGAUCGUGAGUUUCCUUUUCGACGAUUUUCCGUCAAGUUGGACGGCAAAUAAUUUUGAAUUCGCGUCGCCUAGCUCAGCGGAAGGAAGUAUGGCAGACGAUGGAAUUUUCGAUGAACAAGCUGAUGAUAGAAAGCUUGCGGACAAGGAGUUUACCCGGAACGAGGAGGCUUCGGCAACCGAAGGCACUCGCGAAGGUCUCACCGACGGGAAAGACAAAGCCUUACAGCAGGGUUUUGAUUCCGGUUUCAAACAGGGCUUCCAACUGGUAGAGAAUAUUUCAAUAUGGAGAGGUUUCGUGCAGGGUCUUAGUACUUCGAUCAAGAAACUCGACAGCGGUCAGGAAGAGAAAAUUCAGCUUUACGCCCUCUACGGGAAGUUGCUCGAGUUCGAGCAGAAAGCCAUCAACAGCGAAGCUCCUCUCGAGGAGAUCCGGGGUAGCAUGGAAGAGGUCAAAAAGGAUAUCGCGCGUGUGCUUCAUACACUCGGCAUGGCCCAUUUGCUGGACACGAUGACUGACCUCUGAAUACGAACAAUCAGCAUCACGACGACAAACGGCGUAGCUCAACACUGUACCUCAUCAUAGGAAAACCUACUUGAUGCUGGCGUCGUCGGUUCCGAUAUGUUCCCUACCCGUGGCGAAACAAGGCACAACGGAUGCAGAAUGAUGGUUUCGGAAAUGACGUCGCUGUGUUAGGACAGCGGUCGAGUCUCGCGAGGAUGAAGCUCUCAGACCCUGUUGUAUGUAGAUACACGAUGCUACACAACCUACAAAGUAUUUCGUCGAUUCUGUGGGCAACGAUGGUCCGCAAGCGGUCGCGAUCAUUGGCCUCUGAGUCCAAUGACUCCUAGCCUAAGCAAUUAUUCAACCUUCCGCCGAAGCCCACAACUCCAUGGCAGCGGACCCGUGCGGAAGCUGCGAAAUCAGCUCAAGGUGCUAUACUUUGUCUCCGACUGCGAUGGAACUCGCUCAUUGUCGGUAUCGAUUCUCCUCCAGAGAUAUGAGGAAGAAUUACAUUCUCGAGCGCCAUGCCCAUGCACGACGCAGGAUGAAGAGUUCACCAAAGUAUGUGAGAAUGAAUGCCAAAGGAAAGCGGAGCAGGACUCUUCGAUUCGGAUAAUUCCUUUCAAAAACCAAAACUGCGUUGCCUACCAAAAGUAUUGCAAAGCGCGAGUACCCGCGCCGAUUCCGGCGUGACGAGAGCUUUAGGAGAGAUUUCUCAUACAGGAUUUCGAGCGAGGUCUGAACGAUCAAGGGUUGAUUCUCGGUCGGCGAGCGUACGCUUCACUGGAUACGAGGGCAUGCUCAAUAUUAUAAGCUCAUCAUUGCUUACAUGAAACUGCUAUGACAGGAACAUCUCUAU